GGGCGGGAGCUGAGGGGCGGUGACUUUACAGGAUCUAUUAUAGGAAGGAAAUUGCAUUUUUUUAAAGAGCGAUAUCAACGUAGAUUAUUUGCGUGUUUUACCUUUGUUUUUUAAAUAGGCCUGUUUCGGACUUCCGAAAAGAUGCUCCAUCCUCGACUGCGGUUUUCGUUUAUUUGAAAAUGUAGCAAAUUAUUUGCUUCCGUUAUAAACUUCACAAUCACAAACGUUGCUAGAUCAAAAUUCAAAAGUUUUGUAAGGGUAUUUAUUGGCGCUGCACCAGACACUUCAGCACUUUCUUUCGAUUUGUUCCUACUGUUUGUUCCUCGAUUUGUUCCUCGCUCCUUUCAACCAAUUUGUUCCUGCUUGACAAAAUGCCUCGCACAUCAAAUAGUCCAGUGUGGAACACGUUUGAAAAAGUGAAUGACCAUAGUGUAAAAUGCAAAAUAUGCAGCGCGACCCUCUCAUACAAAGGUGGUUCCACCGGAACGAUGAUUAAUCAUAUAAAAAUUAAACACCCAUCCGAGAAUCAGAUGAAACCACCAGCGGCAGCCAGACAAUGAUGACCUCAUUCCUAAGGAAGGAAAAUUGCAACUCACCUAGGGCAACCAAAAUCUCAGAACUCAUAGCUGCAGCAAUUGCUCAGGCAAGCUUGCCGAUCAGCCUGGUAGAGGAAGAUGGGUUCAGAAAGCUAUUGGCGUAUCUGGAAACCUGGAUACAAGGUACCCUGCCGAAAAACAAUGACUCAGUUGCAUCUGAUGUACGAGCAGAAAAAAGACUCUCUAAAUAAGGAGUUGCAAGAUGCCUACAGCGUCGCCCUAACAACAGACUGCUGGACAUCAAUGAGUCAAGAGGGCUACAUGACUGUGACAUGCCACUUUAUCCGGGACUGGAAACACCAUGCGUUUGUAUUGGACACGGCCCUUGUUGCCUCUUUUCAUCACAGCGAUGACGAAGAUCAAGAAGAAGAAACACAAGGCCCGCAGCGUCAUACAGCUCAAGCCCUUUCCAACCAGCUUGAAGAAGUCGUCAAUCAGUGGGGACUAAGCGGCAAGGUCAGCGCUGUAGUUCACGACAAUGCAUCCAACACGAAGGACAUUGGAACUCUAUCCAAUAUGGAGGUUAGCGAUGUUGGAUGUGCCGCUCACACCUUGCAGUUAAGCGUGAACAAAGGCCUGGAUUGCAACAGCCGCAUCAAAACUGUCAUCGGUGGUGCAAAGCGUCUUGUCGGUCACUUUGAACACAGCAAUGUGGCCACAAAAGCCCUUGAAUCUAAACAGCGGCAAAUGGACACUCCAAAGCAUCGCCUAAUAUCUUCGUGCAAGACACGCUGGAAUUCAGUUUUUGAGAUGCUGCAAUGACUCCUAGAGAAUCGCUGGCCAGUCUGCUUCAUCCUCAGCGACAGACAAUACACAAAACUAUCUGAUGCGCAGACGUUGGAUCUGAAGUCAGAGCAGUGGAACCUCAUGGGCGAGUUAGUUAAGUGCCUCAAACCUCUUCAGGUAUGGUAUAUUAUAAAAUUACCCCCACCGAAAUUAAUGUUAGAUGCCCCACCCCGUUUUUGCAUUACCCGUUUUUGCAUUACCAACGUUGUUCACUUGUAAAAUGUGGAAUGGAACGAACAAAAAGUACAGGAUAAGUAAACGAUAAUUUAAUGCAAUGGGCGCAUUAAUUCAUGGACAACAACAAUUGCUGCUACAUUUGCAGGUACGAUAGAUCAUCAGUGUAUGCAUGCAAAGAAAAAUUAAAAGAAAUGUUUAGAGCUAAAAUAGCAUCUUGGCUGUUUGCCAGACUGUCCGUGCUAUCUUUGAAAAAUGUCGCUGAAACGAUUCCGAAAUAUGAGCAUGCGUGGUGACUGAUCAUAAAGGUGUGACACAAAAUGGUUGAUAAUAAUUAAUAAUGAAGGGUGAUCUUCUAUUCCACACAGGUUGCAACAACAGUGCUGUCAGCGGAGAAGAAUGUUAGCGCCUCUAUCGUCCAUCCAAUUAUUAGAGGUUUGGUGAGGAACCACAUGGAGCCGCUAGAAGCCGACUCUGCACCUAUUACUGAGUUCAAGAUAGUAGUGGCCAGGGAUCUCGAGCAUAGAUUCUGCUCUGAGGGUGAGGAGGCCCUGACCGGGCCUCCUAUGUUGGCAUCAGUACUAGAUCCACGGUACAAGCAUCUUUCCUUUGUGGACGAAGACUACCGAGAUCUUCCCUUCUGUGCUGUCAAGGAAGAAAUGGCAGUAAUUAUUUUGGCCACACAGGAGCGAAAGAACCACCAGCAAAGAAGACCAAAGAAGCAUCUGGCAAGGACUUUUUACUUGGAACCAGCGGAGCCAGUGAAAAAUCCAAUGUCGAUGUGGCUGCAGUUGCUCAGUCAG